GUCCUCACACCCUCCCGUUUAAAUCCCGAUAGCUCCUCUCUCUCUCUCUCUCUCUCUCUCUACGUGGAUUUUAUGCCAGCUCGACCAGCGAGAUUCGGCUUGAACACAUUGUCCUGUCGCCCGAUUCCGACAUCCUCCACGAUUGGAGGGCGAAAAACGUUGACGGGAUUCUCAGAAUUCUCGGAUUCCAUCCAAAUUUCGUAUCUUCGGUUCCGUAGCUCGAACUCCAUUUAUGAUUUUCUGGAAUGAAGAUUCGUUCCAUUUCAAUGGAUUCAUGCCACCUGGAUUGGUUUGAUGAACGGAAAUGGACAUCAUCUGCACAAUUCGGUCACUCGUUUUUAUGUAUUUGAUUAUGAGGGAGUGGAUCACCGAAGGCUCAUGAAGGCCAGAGAGGCAACAAUGUCGAAGGUCAUCCAUGAAGGAUGGAUGGUCAGAUACGGGCGGCGGAAGAUCGGUCGUUCAUUCAUCCAUAUGCGGUAUUUCGUUCUCGAAUCUCGGGUUCUUGCUUAUUACAAGAAGAAGCCUCAGGAUAACGUGGUUCCAAUCAAAACCCUUCUUAUCGAUGGGAAUUCUAGGGUGGAGGACAAAGGGCUGAAGGUUCAUCGUGGGCAUAUGAUUUAUGUUCUAUCUGUACGCACCAAGAAAGAUACGUGCCGUCGAAUUACGAUGGCUGCAUUUAACAUCCAGGAGGCUCUUAUCUGGAAAGGAAAGAUUGAAUUUGUCAUUGAUCAGCAUUCGCUGAAUGCUAAUGGUAACCAAGCUAAUGCUUCCUUUGAAUACAAGUCUGGCAUUGAUAAUGGAAGGGUCACAUCUGCUUCUGAUCAUGAAAGUCAGUAUAGUGCUCAGGAGGAUGAAGAAGAGAGCCUUCCAACUUUGUUACGAAGACAAACAAUAGGAAAUGGUCUUCCUGAAACAGUAAUUGAUUGGACCCAUGGAUUUGACUCAGAAUUGUCAAACCGGAAUGACAGUGAAGAAGUUUCCUUCAGGAAGCAUUGGCACCUAGUCCGAUGUCAGAAUGGACUUAGAAUUUUUGAAGAGCUUCAUGAAGUCGACCACCUUCCAUGGACCUGUAGCCGAGCAAUGAAGGCUGUGGGUGUGGUGGAGGCAUCUUGUGAAGCAAUAUUUGAGCUUGUAAUGAGCAUGGAUAGAACACGGUUUGAGUGGGAUUGCAGUUUCCAACAGGGCAGGUUAGUUGAGGAAGUGGAUGGGCACACUGCAGUACUUUAUCAUAGACUGCAGCUAGACUGGUUUCCAAUGUUUGUGUGGCCCCGAGACCUUUGCUAUGUGCGAUAUUGGCGCCGUAAUGAUGAUGGAAGUUAUGUUGUGUUAUUUCGUUCUAGGGAGCAUGCAAAUUGUGGUCCUCAGCCUGGAUUUGUGCGGGCUCACAUUGAGAGUGGAGGAUUCAACAUUUCUCCUCUAAUAUCUCAACAAGGGAGACCUCGGAGUCAAGUACAGCAUCUUAUGCAAGUUGAUCUGAAGGGUUGGGGCAUGGGUUAUCUUCCAUCAUUUCAGCAACACUGUCUACUCCAAAUGUUGAAUGGCGUUGCUGGGUUGCGGGAAUUGUUCUCCCAAACAGAUGGAAACCAUCCAGUUCCAAGGAUCUCAGUGAUGGUCAAUAUGACUUCAGAUUCUGAUCCUUCCAAGAAGGAUCAGAAAUCACAGGAGCCUACAGUUCUGCCUGGCCCAUCUGUGGAUGAAAGAAAUGUUGCCAAUAAAAACUUAAUGAUGGAUGAAGAGUUUCAAAUUGCUGCGCCUGAACAAGAGGCACGCACAGUUAGGCUUGAGAGUGAUGUCAAGCAGGCAGCUGAAGUUAUGGAUGAGGUGCCUACAGAUGAAAUUGAUUUAUCAUGGUUUUCUGGCAAUUUACGAUGGGAUGACUGUGAUAAUGGUCGUGACUGUUGGAGAAUAUCUGAUGGCAACAACUUCAGAGUCCGUAGCCAACAUUAUUUAUCUGACAAAAGCAAGAUUCCUGCAGGAAAGCACCUGAUGGAGCUUGUUGCAGUUGAUUGGUUCAAGGACGUGAAACGAAUGGACCAUGUUGCAAUGCGUCACGGCUGUGCAGUCCAAGUUGCCUUAGAGAAAGGACUAUUCUCGUUGGCCAUAAAUCUGCAAGUACCAGGAUCAACACAUUACAGUAUGGUCUUCUACUUUGUAACAAAACACCUGACUCCUGGAUCACUAUUGCAACGUUUUGUUGAUGGCAAUGAUGAAUUUCGGAAUAGCAGGCUGAAACUCAUACCAUCCGUUCCAAAGGGCUCUUGGAUUGUGCGUCAGAGUGUCGGAAACACCCCUUGUUUAUUAGGAAAAGCAGUUGAUUGCAGCUAUAUACGUGGUCCUAAUUACUUAGAAAUAGAUGUUGAUAUUGGUUCUUCGACUGUAGCCAACGGAGUUCUGGGGCUUGUGUGCGGUGUCAUUACAACACUGGUUGUUGACAUGGCUUUUCUUGUACAGGCAAACACUCCAGAGGAGCUGCCCGAGCGACUCAUCGGUGCUGUUCGGGGAUCACAUAUUGAGUUAUCCUCUGCAAUAGUUCCAAAACUGGAGGCCAGUCCAUCGGGGGAAUCGAGCAAUUGACAAACCAUGUAAUCAUUCAAAAUUCUUUCAGCUUAUUCUUCGUUUUACCCACAAUGUAUAUGGAAUGAUUUGUUUAAAAAUAGCAAUUUGAAGUCCAA